CGCCGUAGAAGAAGACUUAGUAUUGUAAACACAAGGAUAUGGCUGACGAGAGGGGUGGAGGGGAAGACAACGCCAACGACAACAUGGGGAACCAGUUACAGCUCUUACCAGACAAUGAGGAGGAGGAAGAGGAGGAUGACAUGGAGACCGAAGAUCGAGACAGUGAGGAGGCAGAAAAGCCCAACAUCAUCACCUUUGACCCUAGUCUUCCCACAUCACAUUCAUACCUGGGUUCAGACAUGGAGGAGUUUCAUGGCCGUACGGUCCACGAUGACGACAGCUGUCAGACCAUUCCUGUGCUGCCACACACAGCUGUGAUGCUGGUGCCGGGCCAGACGCUGCCUCUGCAGCUCUUCAGGCCGCAGGAGGUCAGCAUGAUGAGGAACGUCAUCCAGAGAGACCGCACUUUUGCUGUGCUCGCACACAGCGAUACAGGUGAGCCGGAUGCAGAGUUUGGAACUACGGCUGAAAUCUAUGCAUACAGAGAGGAGCAGGAGUACGGCAUUGAAACAGUCAAAGUGAAGGCUAUAGGGAGGCAGCGAUUUAAGGUCCACGAGAUAAGAACUCAAGCAGAUGGGAUCAAACAGGCUAAAGUGCAGAUCCUUCCAGAACGAAUCCUUCCAGACCCCCUCUCCGCUGUGCAGCUAACGCCUCUGUCCAGGCUCCACAUGCACCCUUCUUCCAAACCUCCAAGUCAGAGCUGCAAACAGGCUCAGUGCUGGUGGAAUAACUACAAACAGAGAAAGUUUCACUGUGCCAGUCUGACGCCAUGGCCACCCUGGGUCUACGCACUCUAUGAUUCAGAGUCGCUCAUGAACAGGGUGAAGAAACAGCUUCACGAAUGGGAUGAGAAUCUGAAGGAUGAUUCCCUCCCGGCGAAUGCAGUAGAUUUCUCCUACAGAGUAGCAGCCUGUCUGCCCAUAGAUGAUGCUCUGCGGCUCCAGCUAUUAAAGAUUGGCAGCGCCAUCCAGAGACUUCGCUGUGAGCUAGACAUUAUGGAUCGGUGCACAUCGCUGUGCUGUAAACAGUGCCAGGACACGGAAAUCACCACAAAAAAUGAGAUCUUCAGCCUGUCCUUGUACGGCCCCAUGGCUGCGUACGUCAACCCUCACGGUUAUGUCCACGAAACGCUGACUGUCUACAAAGCCAACAACCUUAACCUGGUUGGAAGGCCAUCUACGCUGCACAGCUGGUUUCCAGGGUACGCCUGGACGAUUGCUCAGUGUCGAACCUGCGGAUCCCAUAUGGGUUGGAAGUUCACAGCCACCAAGAAGGACUUGUCUCCACCUCGUUUCUGGGGUCUGACCCGUUCAGCCAUGCUCCCUCGUAUCCCACAGGGUGAAGGGGAGGAGGGCAGAGAGGGAUCUCGCCUCUUCUGUCUGUGAUACCAGACCAUCUAUUUGCCUCAUUCAGAAAAUUCCUGCAAACUUCCCACAGUCUGCAUCUUUAGCCACUGUCUGGCUGCAGUUACUUCAAUCACAAUGCCUGUCACCCCUGGCAACAAAUUCAGCAUAUUAGCAGAAAGGUCACUUUGGCCUUCAAAUGGCAAUUUUUAAGUGCAUAUUUGAACAGGCUGGAUGUAAUUAUUAUUCUAAAAGGUUCUUAAAAUGCGGAGGCAGUGUCAAGGUUGAAAGCAGUCGGUUAGAGUGAGAGUCAAACUGAGACUUGCAGAAUAGACCAUGAUAUGUGGUUAAGAUCCCAGCAUGCAGCUGCCUGAUCUGCACCUCUUUCCAGCUGUUUUCCAAAUAGAAGAACACACAGACCCACAGGGCGUCCCCCUGUGGGUCUGUGAAUACAUAAUACUCUUUACCUUCACCUCCUCUCCUCUGUCUUAGCUGGCUGCAUGCAGCUAAAAUUGAGAUGUCGUCGGCAAGCUGUGAUGGCCACUUUAAGCUGUUGUAAAAUCCACACACAGUAAUUUAAUAGUCUAGCAUUCAGAUCCUUUGUGAGUUUCUCAGAUAGGAUUUCUAAUAUUAUUAUCAGCUGCGAGAGACCGGUGGAGAAAACUGUUUGAAAGAGAGUGCACUCAUGUAUGUGUAGAUCUGUCACGAUAGGAGAUAUUUUGAAUUUUGGAAUUACAGCGGAUGUAUUUUUGUAUGCAAGAAGGUUGGAAAUCAAGCUAACAUAUUCAUUGAUGUUUGGUGAAACUGCAGUUUGUUAUCACAGUGGAUUUGUUUUGUUCGAAACAAAAGAAACUGAAGUGACAAUAAUGAUAUUGUGUAAUAUAUCUGAUAUAAUCUGUAUCUGUUUUGUAUUCACUAGAGACUCAUUAUCCCAUCUGGAGACAAGCAUCAUCUUUGAUUGCACGAGUGAAAAUUAGUGAUGCAUUGGUGCCUUGCGGCAGACUGUUUAUCAAAGGUCAAAGCCCACGGAGACAGAGCAAGAGGAGCAUUUACCCUUCUUUUAGUUUGUUCACGCGUGGUAUGUUAAAAUGGUGUGCCUACGCUCCAGCUCGGUGUCUUUUGAAGUGCGAGGAAUCAGAUUCAGAAAGGCAAAACGAUGAUAAGAUUUAAGAGUUAUUAUUAUUAUUAUUAUUAUUUUAAUAUUCUCUUGGGUUUUGUAGGGUGACAGUUUUCAGGAUUUUACUUCUUGUGAUUCUGUUGCAAAGGUUCUGGCUCACGUCUGUAUUUAUGUACGGUAAAACUGAGGCAGUAUUUGUUGUUUAUAUGGCUGUCAACCGACUGUUUGUAGAGUCUAAUUUAUUUAUUUUUUUGCAAAACUCUUUUGCUGAUUCUUUGUUAGGAAAUUAUCUUUUUAUGAGUAAGCUGAGUAACAAAUGAGAAAUCAUCUCGAAUGUUUGUCUGAUGAUGUGUUUUUGGAUAGAGCACAUAUUUUUUGGAUAAACGCGUCUUUUUCCUCACCUUUUCUGCUGAGAGAGGAAAACAUUGUUCAUG